UAAAUGUCAAAAUACGAAAGUUUAUUGUCUAGAGUGUUGUUCCCCCAUAUGUUUUGUAGUUUUAUUUUCGAUUUUCUCUCAGAUCUAAUUAGAAUACGCGAUUCGUGUACGGAACAACCAUAAAGUAUUGCCAAAUCUAUCGUAUCACAAAUUGAAUUUUAACUCAUUUUCCGUUUCGUUAAAAUCGUUUUUAUCCAAGUAACCCACGAAUCAAGAGUUGAACAGUGAGAGAGAAAAAAAAGAAAAGAAAAAAUGUUUUCGAUGACUAAACGGGGCUCUGUGUAAUUUAUUCGUUCUGUUAUCUUCUGUUUGCGUAUGAAUUCGUAAUUCCUGGUUUUAUCGGAACCAAAAAUUAUAAUUGUAAUAGAACUCACCGACGAACUAGUGCGUCGAAAGUUUUCGCUGUCGUUUUUUACUAGAUUAAAAUUAUGGUCUGACUGAAUACGUUGGACAUAUGGAGUCACUUAAGGUUCCGAAAGGUAGUGCUAACAAAACCAGUAUACCGGUGGCUAUUCGAUUUAAUGCGAACGAAGAGAGUGUUGAAGAUGUAACGAAACCCUGUGAUUCAUUGUCCAGCAGUCCGAUUCAUGGAAACAGUGACGAUUCCAGUUGGCGCAAAGACUUUCUGCAAGGAACCUUCUUCAGCCGAAAACGAUCUGGCAGCUCAGAAAAUGUUGCGGCUCAGACAUCUAGUCCAUCUGGCUCACUACCCACAUCCAACGAAGGUCAAUCAGUCGGCACAUGGAAACUGAUUAAAGGCCGAGUAUCGCAAGCUAUGGAGGAUAUAAAAUCAUCGAAAACGGACAGUGUCAAAACGGAUCUGAACGGUGACGACUCGGAUGCCGAUUCGGCCACAAUAAACAGUUCGAUCAGUGACGAGUUCAACGAGGCCGUAGUCUUCCACAGUACGACACCAGCGAAUCAACCGUUGAGCCGAGCGAAUAACACCGAAUCGGAAAGUGAUCUGGACGUCGAUUCCGAAACUCUGGCCGAAACUGAUUCGGCCAAUUUGAGAAAGUCGUACAGCGGUAAAAGACAAUCGACUGCGCACACAAUUUUAUCGAAAAUUGGUAAAACGAAAGAAGAAUGUCGUUCCGCUGGCAAGUCAGUAUUAAGACGACGAAAAAGACGCUCCAAGUCACCAGUUCGACCGAAGGACAUUGAAAUCGAAUCGGGUGUCGAGAUCACCGAAGAGAUGUCGUUGGGCGCUGUUGCGUCAGACGUUAAAAACGAUUCCGGUGAAAAGAGUACAAAUGACGACCGGGAGAUGUUAACUGAUAGUAUACCACCCACAACCGAUGCCAUUUUACCGCCCAAUUUAGAUGCAAACACUGACUCGGCAGCAACUACCAAAUCUCUUUUUCGUCAUGCGUUCAACCAUCGAGGUAUCUUGUUCGUUGCAUUGGCAGCAUUUUCCAGCUGGGCAUUCAGCAUUCCACCGUUCAUUCAAGGCGUACUGGCCUGUCUGUGCUGCACCAUUUUAUUUAGCAAAUUCUGUGAAGUGAUCGUCGCGUUCAUCGAUCAGCGACUGUCGACUUCAUUGAAUGGUGGAGAUAAUAAUGGCGGCACCUGCGCACCGGAACGUGGUUCAUUUACCAUCCCGAAUUAUGACGCGAUGCCAGUUUGCCGGGUUCCUCCGGUCGAAGAGCACAAGCAACUGAAGACUUACUCGGGCUGGAUGAAUCAGAUCAACAAUUACGAUCCGACCAAUUACCACAUAUCGAUGACACGGUCGGUAUUCGUUAAAUUGGACGGAUCGAAGUUGACCCUGUCCACUACCAAUGCUCGCGUACCGAAACGAUCGAUGUGGAACGAACAGCCAAUUGAUAGAAAGACCAUUACGUUCACACAGCGGAGUUGCUACGAUCUGACUGGAGCUCAUAUUGAAAUGUGUCCGAAGGGAUUGGCGAGGAAGAGGUACUUCAGUCGAAAGUAUCCCAUCCAGUUGAUCAUCAAGAACAUUUCGUCGAAUACGGAACAACUACAAGACGACCCAAAAUCCCAAAAUGGCGAAAAUGAAUCCAGUCCGACCAAAGAUUUCAAAACUGAAACGAAACGAGUCUCCAGCCUGAUACAUCAAUCGUCCAACGAAUCGGUGACUGCCACCGAUGACAAAUCCGCUAGCAAUGACCUUGGUUCGGUCAUUAUGCUGUCAGAUCUACAAAUUCUACAAGACCGACUCGAUGCCACCAGUGAACACCAAUCUGUACCGUGCGGUGACGAUAUUCGAAUUCUGUUGUUUGCGCGUUGUGAUCGCGAGAAAGAGGACUGGUACCGGCGAUUUACAUCGGCUAGCAUUGGCGCAAUCGUCGAUCAGCAAUUCCAAUUCACCGACAUGGUGAUGGUCAACGACGAUGAUGUGGCGGCAGCAGUUAAGGCUGCAGCACUGGCGAAUCAGGAACGAGAUUCGAUUGAGUCGACCGAUGGACCAACAACGCCAGCAGACGGUGUUUCGAAUGCUACAGCACCGACGAAAUCGGAUUGUGAGUCGGGUGAAUGUGUCAAAUGUAGUCGUUCGGAUUCGGUGUUUGAGGGUCUGUUGUUGACAUCGUGUGCGGCCCGUGGUCCGGCUGAUUAUGUGCGAUUUAUGACCAGAUUUCAGAAAGCCUGUACCCUUAAGUCCAUACCGGUCAUACGAGCCUAUCCAUCCGAAUCGCCGAAUAAGAAAAACCGACGUGAACGCAAGCAGGAAGACGAACUAUGGAAGGGCAUCGAUCAAUCGCUGUACCUUGGACCAUCCGGUAGCGUUGUGUGGGCGAAUGUGCUCGUUGGACGCAUUCUAUUCAGUUGCCUGAACGACGCUCAGCUAUUGGAUCACAUCCAAGAGUUUCUGCAGAAGAAAUUGAGUUCGAUUCGGCUACCGAAUUUCAUGGAAGAAGUUCAAAUUGCCCAAGUGAAUUUGGGCGACACACCGCCGCUCAUACAUCGAGUCUCUCAGCCAUUGCUUGACGAACGAGGCACAUGGGUUGAUGCCGAUGUUACCUAUGAGGGAUUGGUUCAUAUGACUAUAACGACGAAAUUGAAUCUGUUGCGACUGAAGCGUCAGCAACAUCACGGAGUGGAUAGUGUUUCCAAGCAGUCACCGACACCAUCCGUUUCGUCGAUGCCGGAAAAGUAUUGCAGCAGCGGUGAUGCCAUUUAUGAUAGCAAUGCCGAAAGUUCAGGUGCUUCCAGUUCCGAGUCUGACAGUCCGACCCAAACGAAUGCCGAGAAUUUGGCUGACCAACAAUCGUUCGGCCAGGGCAGCAGUAAAAAAUUCCUUCGCAUCGUCGAUCGCAUCACCGCUUCCAAUCUGUUCCAAUCGGCCGCUGAAAUUCCGUACAUCCAGAAGGCCAUGGAAAAUAUGAACACCAAAAUUCGGCUGCGCGUCGAACUGAAGGGUUUGGUGGCCAGGUGUGUGUUGAACAUUCCACCGCCACCGUCCGAUCGCAUUUGGAUGGGCUUCCGUGGACCGCCACGUCUCUGGAUAUCAGCUACACCAGCUGUUGGCGAUCAUACGUUCGACUGGACAAUCGUGACGAAUGCCAUCGAGAGUAAACUGUGCGACGAGGUGUCCAAGUAUUUGGUGUAUCCGAAUAUGGUCGAUAUGAUCGCACCGUUUCUGGGUCAUUCAACGUACCGAGAGUGAUAUGUAGCGUCGUGACUUACAUACCCAUACGUAACAAGUAGUUUGUGUUUAAGCCAAUGAAACAUUUGGUUCAAAUUCCAUCCCUUCCAUUAUGCCGAAUGACCGGGAACACGGGCUUUUAUGUUACCCACCCGGAAAUGAUAUACCAAAAUAAUUGAACCAUGACAGGAGACAGGGGUGUUUGUGGGCAUGGUCAUUCUGUUUGUAUUAUAAUCUAAUCUAAUUUUGCCUUAGGCGAAUUUUCCGUUUUGUUUUUGUGAUUUUCAUCGAUUUUGAGAAGAAGAAAAAUGAAAUUUUUGUGAUCCCCCGACUCGUGUGCAAUACAAUAGGACGUUGCACUCUAAUUUCUCGUUUUUUGUUUUUUCUUGAUUUUUUGACUAAUUUAUAAUUUGAAUGCGCGGUGAUAUCACCUUAACUACAGGAAUUAUCGAUUUUUUUUGAAUUUGUGAAUGGCAACGGGGUUUGUGCGUACUUUAAAAAAGGGGAGGAGGACAAGGACAACCUUUAACCGCUUUCUGUGUAUAAAAAAAAAAACUGGGAAAUAAAUUGUGACUGUGAAUUUAA